AUGGAUUUGUCUGUUGAAUUUGGUACGUCUAAUGUUCUUCAUGCUUUUACCCCUGGUGGAACGAAGAUAUGGAUUCCAUGUUGUGAUAGUGAAAUUAGACCAACUAUAGGUAUGAAAUUUUCAAAACUUGAUGAAGGUUUGCGUUUUUAUGAGUCCUACGCAGCUGUUGUAGGAUUUAUUACUAGAAAGUCGACGGUCAAAAAAAGAAAAAAUGGUAUUAUUUCUUUUCAAAUUAUUGUAUGUAAUAAAGCUGAGUUUAAAGAAAAACGAAAUAAUGUGGUGACAGAGAAAGUUGAUAGUAUCGGGGAAGAAGAUGAUAAUUUUGUAGAUGAUAUGAAUGUUGAAGAAGUGGUUGUUGGUCAAGAUAAAGAAGACUAUGAUUGUCAAGAAGCGAAUACUCCUAUGGUUAAAAGAAGAUUGUCUACUCGAGUUGGUUGUAAGGCAAAGAUGAUUUUAAAGUAUUGCGAAGAUGGAGGUUACAUUGUUUCUAAUUUUGAAAAAGGGCAUACUCAUCAUUUGUAUUCAUCCGAGAACUCUCAUUUUCAGAAGUCCAAAAGAAAGCUGACAAUGUUUCAUAAGAAAAUGAUAAUUGAUAAUUCAAAGGUGAAUAUUGGUCCUGUCAAGACAUACAGAAUGGUGAAGAAAUAUGUUGGUGGGUAUGAGAAUAUAGGCGCUAGUAGGAAUGACUUCAAAAAUUUUCAUAGAGAUUUGAAGGCGUAUAUUGAAGGAUCGGACGCCCAGAUGUUUGUUGAUAAUUUUAAGAGGAAAAAGUUGAUGUGGUCGGCUUAUUUUUUUGAUUACGAAUGGAUGAAGACGACUGUCUAUGUAGAGCUUUAUGGGCAGAUCCUAUUUGCCGGAGAAAUUAUGCCAUAUAAUAUGGUAUUUGGUCCAUUCACGGGAGUCGAUCACCACAAGAAAUGUGUCACUUUUGCUGCUGGUUUUAUUGCAAAGGAAGAUGUUGCUUCUUUCGAAUGGCUAUUUAGAACAUUUGUUAAGGCAAUGGGUGGUAGGGAGCCCAAUUGUUUAAUUACGGAUCAAGAUCCAGCUAUGAAAAUUGCUGUAAAUUCUGUUUUCCAACAAUGUGAGCACAAAUUUUGUAUGUGGCACAUAAUGAAAAAGCUGCCUGAUAAAGUUGGAAGGAAUAUCAUUCAGGAUACUGAAUUUUUGAAGGAACUCAGUAAGUGUGUUUGGAAUUUAGAAAUUGAGGCACCUGAAUUUGAAGAGAAGUGGAACAAUGUUCUUGUUGAGUUUAAAUUACAAUAUCAUGAUUGGUUGAAUUUGAUGUUUGAGAUGAGAGCUAUGUGGAUUCCAGCGUAUUUUAGAGAUGUCUUUAUGGGUGGUAUUAUGAGAACUACCUCAAGGUCAGAGAGUGAGAAUAAUUUUUUUACAUCCGUUGUAAAUCCUCACGUGUCUCUUGUGGAGUUUUUCAUGAGGUAUGAAACUGCGUUGGAUGCACAGAGACAUUGUCAGGCAGAGAAUGACAAUGAAUCACAGGAGAAAUUCCCUCAAUAUGAAUUGAGGAAGGAAGAUGGUAUUGAUGUAGCAAUUGUUACUGAGGCAAAUAGGAGAAGGAAAUUUAAAGUUUUGUUUGAGUGCUUUAGUCAUGACACUACCUGCUCUUGUCAUGAGGAGGACUUUAUUAAGAAUAUUCGAGAGUUCAAGAAUAAAAUUGAAGCGACAAAAAAUGUUACUUUGGAAGAUACUCAGAAUGUAAGAUCUAGUGAACAUGAUAUUGAGAUGUUAAUAGGAUGUAGCAUUCCUGAUGAAAUACUUGUUCAGCCUCCUAAAGUGUCGAAGAAUAAAGGUACAGGUGUUCACGAUGGCUCUGGAACUAGUGGGUCUAAAAGAUUAAAGGGUGCCAAAGAAAUAGCGGUUGAACAAUCUAAAAAGAAAACGAAGAGGAAAUGUAGUGGCUGUGGCGAGCUAGCAUAUCAUGAUAUUCGGAAUUGUCCUCACAAAGCAUGA